AUGCAACGUGCGUCGGCAUGGAUUAUGGUCAGUGUUGCAAUUCGGAGACCUGGAAAUGUGGGGACUCAGAGGAAGAUUGCGCUCGAGGCACUUGCUAUGAGGGCACAUGUGCUGGUGACAGAGUAUAUAGCACAGAUGGCACCUGUGGGCCUAAAUUCGGAAGCCGUCUCUGCGCCGGGAAAUGGGGUGAUUGUUGCAAUCUGA